UUAAAUUGCCCACUCCACUUAUCCCAUUCAGUUACUCCGCCUCCAAAGCUCGUCGUUCUUCUCUCGGUUUCAUCUGAUAGGAAGAAAUCUUCUGAAUAAUUCUGCAGCUGUGAAACUUAAGAUCUUGCAACGAUGGUGAAGUUCACAGCCGAAGAGCUCCGGAGGAUUAUGGACCUCAAACACAAUAUUAGAAACAUGUCCGUUAUUGCCCAUGUCGAUCAUGGGAAAUCAACUCUUACCGACUCACUGGUCGCUGCUGCGGGUAUUAUUGCCCAAGAAGUUGCUGGUGAUGUCAGGAUGACCGAUACCCGUGCUGAUGAAGCUGAGCGUGGUAUCACAAUCAAGUCCACCGGUAUCUCUCUGUACUACGAAAUGUCCCCCGAAUCUCUGGCGAGCUACAAGGGAGAGCGAAGUGGAAACGAGUACCUCAUCAAUCUUAUUGACUCCCCUGGGCACGUUGACUUUUCUUCUGAAGUCACUGCUGCUCUGCGUAUCACUGACGGUGCCCUUGUUGUGGUGGAUUGUGUUGAGGGUGUCUGUGUGCAGACAGAGACUGUUCUCAGACAGGCUCUAGGAGAGAGGAUUCGCCCUGUCUUGACUGUCAACAAGAUGGACAGGUGUUUCCUUGAGCUCCAGGUUGAUGGAGAGGAGGCUUACCAAACAUUCCAGAGGGUUAUUGAGAACGCAAAUGUCAUCAUGGCAACUUAUGAAGACCCUCUCCUUGGUGAUGUCCAGGUGUACCCCGAGAAAGGAACUGUUGCCUUCUCUGCUGGUCUGCACGGAUGGGCUUUCACUCUAACCAACUUUGCUAAGAUGUACGCCUCCAAGUUCGGUGUGGACGAGAGCAAAAUGAUGGAAAGGCUGUGGGGUGAGAAUUUCUUCGAUCCCGCCACCAAGAAAUGGACAACCAAGAACACUGGAUCUGCCUCGUGCAAACGUGGGUUUGUCCAGUUCUGUUAUGAGCCCAUCAAGCAGAUCAUUGCCACUUGCAUGAACGAUCUGAAAGACAAGCUGUGGCCUAUGUUGAAGAAGCUCGGUGUGACAAUGAAGUCCGACGAGAAGGACUUGAUUGGAAAGGCUUUAAUGAAGCGUGUGAUGCAGACAUGGCUGCCUGCCAGCAGUGCACUAUUGGAAAUGAUGAUAUUCCAUCUCCCUUCUCCCGCCACUGCUCAAAGGUACCGUGUGGAAAACUUGUACGAGGGUCCCCUUGACGACAUCUACGCCACUGCUAUCAGAAACUGUGACCCUGAUGGUCCCCUCAUGCUUUACGUUUCCAAGAUGAUUCCCGCUUCUGACAAGGGUAGAUUCUUUGCCUUUGGACGUGUGUUUGCUGGGAAGGUGUCCACUGGUUUGAAGGUCAGAAUCAUGGGGCCUAACUACGUACCUGGGGAGAAGAAGGACUUGUAUGUCAAGAGUGUGCAGAGAACUGUUAUCUGGAUGGGCAAGAGACAGGAAACUGUUGAAGAUGUGCCGUGCGGUAACACAGUUGCUAUGGUUGGUUUGGAUCAGUUCAUCACCAAGAAUGCUACUUUGACCAAUGAGAAGGAAGUUGACGCACAUCCAAUCCGAGCCAUGAAAUUUUCAGUCUCACCCGUCGUGCGUGUCGCAGUGCAGUGCAAGCAUGCCUCUGACUUGCCAAAGCUGGUCGAGGGUUUGAAGCGUCUGGCCAAGUCUGACCCCAUGGUUGUCUGCUCCAUUGAGGAAUCUGGCGAACACAUCAUUGCCGGAGCAGGAGAGCUCCACCUCGAGAUCUGCCUGAAGGAUCUGGUGGACGACUUCAUGGGUGGGGCUGAGAUCAUAAAAUCCGACCCUGUUGUGUCCUUCCGUGAAACAGUUCUUGAUAGAUCCGUUCGCACGGUGAUGAGUAAGUCCCCCAACAAGCACAACCGUCUGUACAUGGAAGCUAGACCAUUGGAGGACGGUCUUGCUGAGGCCAUAGAUGAUGGAAAGAUCGGCCCACGUGACGACCCAAAGAUCCGAUCCAAGCUCUUGUCUGAAGAAUUCGGCUGGGAUAAGGAGCUCGCCAAGAAGAUUUGGGCUUUCGGUCCUGAAACCACCGGCCCGAACAUGGUGGUGGAUAUGUGUAAGGGAGUUCAGUACUUGAAUGAAAUCAAGGACUCUGUUGUUGCUGGUUUCCAGUGGGCUUCAAAGGAAGGCCCGUUGGCUGAGGAGAACAUGAGGGGUGUCUGCUUUGAGGUGUGCGAUGUUGUGCUGCACACUGACGCGAUUCACAGGGGUGGUGGUCAGGUUAUCCCGACUGCCAGGAGGGUUAUUUACGCGUCUAUGAUUACUGCAAAGCCCAGACUCUUGGAGCCCGUUUAUCUCGUGGAGAUUCAGGCGCCCGAGCAGGCACUUGGUGGUAUUUACAGUGUGCUGAAUCAGAAGCGUGGCCACGUGUUCGAGGAAAUGCAGAGGCCCGGCACACCGCUGUACAACAUCAAGGCAUACUUGCCUGUGGUUGAGUCGUUCGGGUUUUCGAGUACUUUGAGGGCUGCCACUUCUGGACAGGCUUUCCCUCAGUGUGUGUUUGACCAUUGGGAGAUGAUGGCGUCGGAUCCUCUGCAGGCGGAAUCUCAGGCUGCAGUUCUUGUGGCUGAUAUCCGUAAGAGGAAGGGUUUGAAGGUUACAAUGACACCUCUUUCUGACUUUGAGGACAAGCUGUAAGUGGGUGGUGGAUUUACGAUAUUACCCCUUGCUGACGUGGAAAUCGACGGUGGGUGGAAGUUUUGCUGUUGCUAUCGUUUUAAUUGCUCUUUUUUUUUUUUAUUUUAAAUGUAUGGUUUAGUGUUUGGACUAUUUAAAUUGUUGUUACGUACUCUAUUUUAAUUUGUGUCGGAGUCUCGUCUAGUUGCUGUUUGAGAGCUGCUUUUAGAUGAACAAGAAUAUUGUCUGUUUUUUCAAUGGAUAUUUCUGUAUUUGCAGAUUGCUUUUUUAUUUGAGAUGAUUUUAUAUUCA